AUGGGUUCUUCCGACGGCAUUUCGUUAUGUUUUGGUAAAACACGGUUUUUGAUCCUUGUGUUAUCCGUAAUUUGCUUAACAUUCUCUAUGGCUAACUCUCUUGGUCUCAACUUCACUGUGAUCUGUAUGAACGAUGUUUACGAGAAGUUCGACAACUCUACCGGGGAAAUACAUUGGUUGCAAUCGCCUACUCAUGUGAAUGCAUUGUUCUCAGCUAUUGCUAUAGGAUGCCUUAUUGGCACGAUUCCGUUCUCACUCCUGGUUUCUCGCUUCGGAAUAGGUUUCACUAUAGCUCUUUAUGGCCUGGUAUCUUCUUUGUCCACACUUGCGACGCCCUUGGCAGUUCAUUUAGGAUUUGGAGCAGUUUUCAUUUGCAGAAUUUUGCAGGGUACUGCCACCUCACUCUCAUAUCCUGCCACAGGAAUGAUCGGAACACAAUGGGCUGCCCCAAAAAAUGCUGGUUUCUUCAUAGCAAUUUUGUCGACACAUGUUCAGUUUUGCUCAAUUUUCACGAUGCCUUUAGCGGGAGAGCUUUGUGAAUCUUCUUUAGGAUGGAGAUCAUUGUAUUACAUUCAGGGAAUCAUCGCAAGUGUAUCUUUCAUAGUUUUUUAUUUAUUCUACCGAGAUAAUCCAGCGACUCACAAAUGGGUUGGAAGAGAAGAGCUGGAAAAAAUUCAAGAUGGAAGAACACAUAAUCAAACAGACCGAGUCAUCCCAUACAAGGCUAUAGCUAUGGAUCCCUGUGUUAUUGCUAUUUGGUGCUCAUCAAUAGGCGGCACGUUAGGAUUUCAAAUAUUUCUUCUUUACGGACCCAGCUACAUGAAUAAAGUUCUGAAAAUAGAUGUUAAAUCUACGGGUUUCGUAACAGCAUUACCAUAUGUUCUAUCAGUAAUAAUGAAAUUCGCAGCAGGUCAUGUAUCUGAUCGCUUGAGAUUCAUUCGUGAUAAAUACCGAAUGGUGUUCUUUGCCUCUUUCUCUCAAGGAAUUAUGGGUAUUUGCUUCAUCAUCUUAUCUCAGUCUUCGAGUGCCUUCUGGGGACAAUUCUUCUACACAGCAGCUAUCGUCGCUAGUGGAGUGAACUCCGUCGGAGUUAUCAAAUGUUCCAGCGUGUACUGUCGUCAACAUGUUCAUUUCGUUAUGGCUGUGGUCUCAUUCAUACUCUGUCUCAUAGUACUCUUCAUUCCAGUAGCCGUGGACUUCGUUUGUCCCAAUAAUACUCCAGAUGAGGUUAUGCCAGCAGAAAUCGUGCCACCUGUUGCUUGCAUUAUAGAAGGCAAAGAAGUAAUGGCUGUCAAAUGCAACACGUCCGUUUAUUAA